AUCGAUAUAAAAGAUGCUUCGAUUAAUGUUGUGCAUUUUAAUCAAAAUAAAAUUGUAAUAUAAUAAUUUUGAUAUAUUGAGUUUUAAAUUCGUGAAUGCGCCUUGUUCAUUAUAAAUAUGGAAGUUGAAUACGAUGAGUCUGGUUGGCAGGGCCGUGCAAAACAACAGUCAAAUACUGAGGAUCUGCACGAGGACAAUCCACAAAAGACGAUUCAAGAAUGCCUGGAAAAGUUUCUAACGCCCGAUUACAUAAUGGAGCCAGGCAUCUUCACACAGCUGAAGCGCUACUUCCAAUCUGGUGGCUCACCAGAAGAAGUGAUUUCUAUGUUAUCUGAAAACUAUAAAGCGGUAGCUCAGAUGGCAAAUCUUCUUGCCGAGUGGCUCAUUUUAGCUGGGGUCAAGGUGACCGAGGUCCAGGCCAUGGUAGAGAACCAUUUAAAGGAAAUGAUUCUCAAGUCGUUUGACCCGAAAAAAGCGGAUACGAUAUUCACCGAGGAGGGCGAGACGCCAGACUGGCUAACAGAAAUGAUCGAUCAUUAUACGUGGCGAUCGUUAAUAUACCGGUUAGCUGAAGAAUAUCCGGAUUGCCUAAUGUUGAAUUUUACCAUUAAGCUGAUAUCGGAUGCUGGAUUCCAAAGUGAAAUCACAUCAAUUUCAACGGCCGCCCAGCAAAUUGAAGUUUUUUCCCGCGUUCUCAAAACAUCAAUUGUGAAAUUUCUAAAUAAUCCCGAUGACGUUCACGGCGCCAUUCAGGAGUGUGCCCGCAUGGUAUGUCAUGGCCAGCACACGUAUGUCUACUCGCAAGUGCUGAUCCAAGUGCUCAGUCAGGAACAGAAAGGUGGCUUCAAUAUGAAGCGACUAUCCCAGGAAAUCAUCAAAUACGCUUUGCAAAACAAUCAAAAUGUUACGCCCAUCACAAUGGCUCUUAAUGGUUCGGCGGUAUAUCCGCAGGCGUGUCAGGCUCUAACCUCAAUGUUAACACGCAAUACCUUGAAUCCAGCAGAUAUCACCGUACUAUUUCGAAAUUAUUCGGGCUCAGAUCCGCCACCAAUAGAUCUGAUACGUAAUCCUCAGUUUUUGGAAUUACUGGUCGAUGCACUUUUUCGAGCUGGUGUCAAAAUCAAUCCGGAGCAUAAGCCCAAGUAUGUUUUUCUGCUGGCGUAUGCCUCGUCUGUUAUUGAUCAGCCAGCAAAGAAGCGGACCCUGACUGAGAGAAUGCUAAACAAGGACGAACUGAAGAGCACCAUUCAGGCAAUUGAAAAGGCCCAUGCUAUCUGCAAUGUGGACCAGGGCUCCACAGAACUCAUUGCCGAGCUGCAGACACUAUACAACUGCAUAAAGUUUCCAGUUGUGGGAGUUGGUGUUAUCCGUUGGGUUGAAAAUGUUGUUAUGGAACCAUCUUACUUUAAACUAUCUACUGACAGUUGCCCCACACAUUUAGCAGUACUUGAUGAAGUUGCCGGAGUACAUCCCACAUUACAGCAGCAAAUACUUUUUCUACUUAUACGUUUAUUCGAAUCCAAGCAGGAUGAAUUGGAGAUACUUGUGCAACUGGAGAUGAAAAAGAUGAUUCUGGAUCGCAUGGUAAAUCUGCUGACACGCGGAUGUGUUGUUCCUGUGCUGCGAUACAUAAAACAAUGCUGUGCAAUAGAAGAUACGGAUGUUUCCCUGAUUCGCUAUUUCGUUACCGAAGUGCUCGAAACAAUCACCCAUCCCUAUUCCGCGGAGUUUGUGCAGCUCUUUCUGCCGAUGGUCGAAAACGAAGAAAUCACUGGCACAAUGCGCGGUGAAGGUGACAACGAUCCUGUCUCGGAAUUCAUUGUUCACUGUAAGGCGCAUUACACCACUGUAUGACAACCAAUUAUUUAGCAAUUUAAUUACGAAAUAUUUAUUUUGAGUCCAAAUACAUAUGUACGUGAGUUA